AUGGAGAUAGUACUAAGGAAUUUUGCGUUGAUUGGGGACAAGGAAGUUACCACCAUUCGGUCCGACGAUGGUAGCAACACGUUUUAUUUUGCGGCGAAGGAACUGGCAACCGCACUCGGUUACAUUGAAACACGCAGCGCCGUUACUAGACACACAAAAGAGUGGAUGAGAACCACACUCGACGAAAUCAGAAGGGGUGUGAAACACACCUCUUUUCAUAUAUCUGGUAGUAAACACCCCGACAGAGUGUUUGUUACCGAACCCGGUUUAUACAGUCUCGUGUCCCAUUCGAAACUACCUGCCGCUGAGGAUUUUCAGCGGUGGGUAUUCGAGGAUGUUCUUCCGUCUAUCCGAAAAACGGGAACGUACACGUUACCGGGAGUGAUGCCAGCCAUCGAUAACGUAAAAGACGAAGAAUUGUGUCAACUUCCUGAAAAAGAACGGAUAGUGGCACAUGGAAAACUAACGCAUAAAAAUAACCUAGUAAAAGAUCCGGAAGCCGUCGCGCGUGGAAAAAAAGGUGGAUUAACCGUUCAGGAAAAUAACAGACGGACUAAAAAGAUAUUACGUGAAAGAGGAGCUAAGAUUUUAGAACUCGAAGAGGAACGGGACAAACUCGAAGAAGAACGGGAUGAUCUUGAAGAUGAACGAGACAGACUCGAAGAAAAAGUACAGGAUCUCAGAAAAGAAUUAUUUGAAAAGACUGAAAGAAUCCACGAACUCGAAGAUGAGAAUGAAAGACUUUGGAUUGAGAAUGAGAAACUCGCUACUACCGAGUUAGCGGAUUCAUCCAUAAAUGUGUAA